AUGUUCGCCAGAUGGAAGAUAGCGAAUACCUUCGCUAAGACAAACGUGGAUACGAUCUCUCCAGCACCUAUCAACUCAGGAGAUAUUCGGCCACGCCGUGGUAUAGGAUUCACAUCAGAAAGAACAUUUUUGCGGAAAGGUCAUUAUUUUUGCUUGAUCCAGUAUACCCCAUAUCCUUCGACCUUUGUAUUCACGGAACCUGGAGACUAUAUAAUCGGCUGUAACUGCACAAACAACUUAGGCAAUUUGGUGCCAGUUCCUCUCGGCCCGUAUCCGGAAUACAGAGGAAGUUGUGGUUAUUUGCGCAUCAAGGUCCGCGAUAGAAAUAUCUCUGUUCGUCAAGCUCCUCCAAUCACGGCCCCUGCAUUUCAAGGAAACGGAUGUGGGGCAUUUGAAUUUUUGAAGGAGACAGCAAAGGGUUUUGAAGUGUUCAGCAGUAUGGACUCUGCGGAAAAUUGCAAAUUCCGCAUGAUCCCAAAGAAUGGCAUUAAUGCAAGUGGCAAGGCAAUCAAUGAUAGUUGUACUUGUUCCUUCUCAUUCCGUCGGAUCCUUCUUGGAGUCGAUCGUCCAAAUCCAAUUCGCCGUUGUAUUCCCACCAUCCCUGUCGAGGCGGCUUCCAAUUUGAAUUCAGACGGGAGCAACCAUUUUACAGAGUACCAGCUGUCUGUUUCUCGUCGAUUUGAAGUCUUUCUGGACACGCGACUAGGAAAGGGAGGAAAUGGAGAAGUAUUUCUUGCAAUUGACAGAAGACACGGUGCUCCUGUAGCCAUUAAGCGCGAACCAAAAGAAAUGCUUCGACAUGAGUAUACUCUCAUCUGUGAUAUUCGGAUAGAAGGUUCUCUGCUGACCUAUAAGGCCCAGGACCCCCAUCCUUCCAAAUUCCUUGGACUAAUGGCACAUUCGGUUGCCCUUGAAGUGGGAAAUUCAGCAGUUGCUGCGGCUGUCGCUCAUCACAGCGCUGUCGGCGACACUCAUGAUCAUCUGGUUCUAGAACUUGUAAAUGGAGGAGAGCUAAGAAAGUUGCUCAAGUCGAAAUACAGCACAGGAAUGCCGCUGGAGGUGGCCCGGGCCUACAUAUAUCAGAUUAUUUGUUCUCUGGUGCUUAUUCAUUCAAAAUGCAUAGUUCACCGCGACCUCAAGACGCAGAACAUCCUCGUGAGGCACGGAGACACUUUCCAAAACGACGAAUUGAAAAUAAUAGAUUUUGGCAACAGCACAAAGGUUAGGCCAGGACUUAUCUUGACAAAAAACUACACAACCUGCUUCGCCUGCGCGCCUGAGCAAUUCAUACCCAACGGUAAAGGGUACAGCUACGGCGUGGAUGUCUGGGCAGCUGGGACAAUAUUCUUCGAGCUGCUCACUGGAGAGCGUCUGUUCGAGUGCCUGAAUAUGAGCGAAGCCUCUAGGCAAAUACCUGCAUUCAAGGAAAAGGAUGUGACUGACCGUCUGCCUUUCCUUCGGCAGGACGCUAUGGAGUUUCUGCUGAAGUGCUUGACCAAAGACCCGCAGAAGAGGCCCACAGCUUUCCAACUACUUACAAGCCCGUUUCUAUUUUCGCUCCACAUCUACCAAAUGCGAAGACGCAUGGAAACGACCGAUGUUUACCAUUCGUACAUGAAUGCCUUUGAGAAAGGAUGGGGGAAUAUAAGGCCUAUUCAAGAACUGUUCAUGGCGGAAAAGCUCCAGUGGGACGGCGAUUCCAGUACAUUCUUUUCCGAAUGCCCGGACCCGGAGGCCGUCAAUGUGGUUCUACCAGUAUUUGAGUGUGUACCCGACUUCCAAUCGCAAGACCACGGGAUAAAGCUCGGCAAUUGGAUCCUUACGAGCGACGCAUCGUUCUAUUUAACCCAACGGAAAGUAGACGGAAGCUCACAUGUUGGCCUAGCGGAGGCACCGACCCAACCGAACUCUAAGAACAGCCCAGCUUCAAGCUUUACUUCAACUGGUAGUUCCCCCGAACGGGGAGAAAGCUUCUCAAGCCCAGAGUUCAUGAAGCUGCUUCCCGACAACCAGUUGUAUCCCCAGCCAAAUGGUUUUUUGACAUGUGGGAUGGGUGUCCCACGGCGGAGCUCGACGUGCUCGACAUCCAUCGGAACUCCAGUGCAUGGAUCUCUGAUGUUUGGAGGUGCGGAUAAGCUAACGGACGAAGAGGAGGAAUUCGAAACACUAGUCAACAGAAUCGACUUACUGUAG